CUGCGCGAACUUCGCCGUCUCCGGAGAGAACUCUUUCCAGGAAUAAAACUCUUCGGGUCUGCUCUAAAAAAUAUAAAAAAGAUCAUUCGCUUGGAAGGUCAUGGAUGAAUUUCCAAAGCUUCAAGAAAUCAAUGGACUUGACCAGAUGGCUGGAUUUGAAGAACACGCCUCCAAUAUUCGAGAAGAAGGUCGUUGACGGAAUCGAAAAGGUCAUAGGAAUAUCGAAAGAAUUUAGGAGGCUGAUAAGGAAACCAUUGCUAGUCCUAAAUGAUUUGUAUUUGGGAAGCAAUGCGAUGCAUGUCCAGAAACAUUUCGCGGACUAUUUGAUUCCAAAUGACGAGGAUUGGGCAAUACUUAUCCCAUCCAUGAUGAAGAACCCCAGCAUUUCAGAGAUUCACGAUGAUCUGAAACUCUUGGGGACGUUUAUUGGAGUGAUAGUUAACUCAAGGCUUAAUGAGUUAACGAUCACCCAAAGCGUCCCCAAGGUUGUUGAUUAUUUUUUUGAUUUGAUCAGUUAUGCUUUGACCAUCCGUGAAGAAAAACAUUUACGGUUCUUGUGCUAUUUUAUCACCAAAAACCCCAUUAUAUAUGAUUUAGAUGACAUGGUGGGGUUUGUGAAAAAGGUGUGGAAUUUGAGGGUAUUCUUGACUGUUGAGAAGUUUGAUCCCCUGAUUGCUAAGGAAAUAUGUGCAGCAGAUUUGAAAGGCCAACUCGGUUUUAUAAAAUUGAGUAAAAUUCUAUAAUUGGUCCUUCUUUUAUGGGUACCUUUCUACAAAUAGUCCUUUCUUUGAUCUUCUAUCAUGUUGGUGUUAAUUUGAGAGCUAAAAGUGUAAUUUCACAAUGAUAAUAUAUCUUUUUUGUCAUAUACAAUUCCAAAGGCUGUUCCGUUUGCGUCGUUUGUGAAUUACAGUCACUUUUUACGACAAUU